AUGACGGACCCCGGUCUCACGUCCCCCUCGGCGACCCCACUACGAUCUCCCGACGCGCCGCUCACUGUGUCCUUCCCCUUUCUGAGGGAGGGCAGUCGAGUUUGGGAGGAAAGGGGAGAGCAGCCGCUUCCGAGGGAACUCCCCAGCCCGCUGCCGACGAAACGUACUCGCACGUACUCGGCUACGGUCCGAGCUCAUUCAGGUCCGGUGUUCAAGGGCGUUUGUAAGAACUUCUCAAGAUCACAGGGACACGGUUUUAUUCGACCCAGUCAUGGCGGCGAAGACAUCUUUGUUCACAUCUCAGACAUCGAUGGGGAAUAUGUUCCCGUUGAAGGCGAUGAGGUCACGUACAAAGUGUGCAGAGUGCCCCCUAAGAACCUGAAGGUGCAGGCAGUGGAGGUGAAGAUAAUUCAUCUGAACCCCGGCACGAAACACGAGACCUGGUCCGGGCAGAUCAUCAGUUCUUAG